AUGUUGCCCACGACGCUUCUCUUGUCAGCCUUUGCGGCUCUUGCGGCGACUUCCCCUGUGGUCAAACGGUCCGCAGGGCCCGGGUGCGGAGCGCCUUCUCGAGCUCCCGUGUUGCCAAAGACGGGCGGUACUAGCGACCUUCCCAACCCCGACUCUGGCCUUGCGCUCAAGCACAUUGCUCUCGGAUUCGGCAUUCAAAAUUACACCUGCAAAGCGAACGCUACUGCUACCGCAACGGGGGCCCUCGCUAUGCUCUACGACAUCACUCACCUAUACCCGAGGCAGGGCGCCGAAUCGCUCCCGCUGCAAGAGUUCAAUAACCUCACAUCCAAAGCGCUAUGGACGCACAAGGUUCCUCUCAACAUGAACGGAAACGGGCCCGGCGCGUCGCAAACGAACCCGUUUCCGCCUGACGCGCCGCUCCAACUUCAGGGCCAACGUCCUCUGCCAUUCCUGGGGCAUCACUACUUCGACGCCGCCGGGGUGGCCACGUUCAACCUCGACAGCGGCAAGAUCCACCUGCCCUGUAGCAAGAUUAGCCAGGUAGAUGCCCCCAAGGGGGCCGACAAGGGUCCAGAGGGAACGGGCGCUGUUGGCUGGCUGUAUCUGGGGGGAAAGGACGGGGCCGUCGGCGCAAAGUUCGUCUACCGUGUGCUCACGGCCGGCGGCGCCACCCACGGCUGCGACAAGGUGUCGGGGACGGACAGCACGAGCUAUACAGCCACGUACUGGUUCUACGGCUAG